AAAUUUUUUUAAUUUCGUGCAGGAAACAGCAUUAAACCAUGUAUGGAUGUCUGGACUACUCAGUGAUGGAUUUGGAGCAACACAUGGAAUGAUGAGGAAUGAUCUCAUUUGGGUUGUAUCAAGAAUGCAAGUUCUCAUUGAUUAUUAUCCCAUUUGGGGAGAGGUACUUGAAAUUGACACAUGGGUUGGAGCAUCGGGAAAGAAUGGUAUGCGACGAGACUGGCUCAUAAGGAGUCAAGCCACGGGCCAUAUUUUUGCUCGUGCAACAAGCACAUGGGUGAUGAUGAACAGCAAAACAAGACGCCUCUCCAAAAUGCCAGAAGAGGUGAGGGAUGAACUUACACCUUGGUUUAUUGAGAAGCAAGCAAUAAAAGAAGAUGCUCCCGAAAAAAUCAUCAAAUUAAACAAAGAAGCAAAAUACAUGAAUUCCAAUUUGAAGCCCAAGAGAAGUGAUUUGGACAUGAACCAACAUGUUAACAAUGUAAAGUAUCUAAGGUGGAUGCUAGAGACCAUUCCAGACCAAAUUCUAGAGAGUCACCAAUUAUCUGGUAUCACACUAGAAUAUAGAAGGGAAUGUGGAAGUUCAGAUAUAGUUCAAUCACUAUGUGAACCUGAAGAAGAUGAAAUAGUUCUUAAUGGUAUGGUUGAACCAGAUUACUGCACAAAUCUGCUUAAUGGAUUGUCUUUUGUAAAAUCAGAUAUUAUAAAUGGUGGUGGAGUUUUGAGCUACCUUGAGCAAAGGCCAAUAAGGUAUACACAUCUUUUACAAGCAAAGGGAGAAAAACAAAAUGAAGAAAUUGUUAGAGGAAAGACUACAUGGAAGAGGAAAUUCACUACAUGUCCAUUUUCUACAUAGUAAUGUAUGUUGAAGUGGUCUUUAAGAAUUGGGAACUGAAAGGGUACAAAGUUCAAAUUGUACUAUGGUGUGUGGUGUGCUCUCUAAGAAAAUUCUUGGCAUAAAUGUAAACGAUAUUAUUGGAAUACAGCCAAGAAGCAUUUCGAGAAGAAAAAAAAAAAUAUAAAGAAACAUUAUCAAUGAAAUUUAAAUUAUGAGUAUGUUACU